AUGUCGCGCCACUCCGACGGUCUCUUUGCUUACUAUGGCACGCUUAUACAUUCUAUCACCCCUUCUAAGCUUGAGAUUCUUCAAGAUACAAUUAUCGUCGUUGACGGAGAGGGUAGUAUAAGUCUAAUCAAUCCGCAAUUUUCAGUCGAAGGUGGCCAAGACCUUCAGGAUGUGAUCGCAAAAUUACUCAAGCAACCCAACACUCGCGUACGUGUCACGACCCUGAAACCUCAUCAAUUCAUCGUGCCAGGAUUCAUCGACACCCAUGUCCACGCACCUCAAUUCUCAAUGCGCGGCCUCGGCCAGGGCUUGCACAUACUUGACUGGCUUGACCAAGUUACGUUUCCACACGAAUCGAAGUUCUGUGACAAGGACUAUGCCACCGAAAUCUACACAAGGUGCGUACAAAUGGGACUCCGCCAGGGAAUCACGACUGCCUGCUACUUCGCCAGUCUCCACACGGAGGCGACAAAGAUUUUAGUGGACGUGUGUCUGCAGAAGGGCCAGCGGGCAUUUGUCGGCAAGACGUGUAUGGACCAUCCAGAAACGAACCCAAGUUAUUACAGGGAAGAAACCGCCGAGGCUGAAGCGGGGACGGAAGAGUUGAUUCAGCAUUGUCGAGCCGUUGAUACGAAUGGGACCUUUGUGCGGCCCAUCCUGACUCCGAGAUUCGCGAUAAGUUGCACUUCAGAAUUACUGAGUAGGCUGGGAGGGUUGGCGAAAGAGCACGAGCAUGCUUACGGUGUAGGAAGGGGCAUUCCAAACCAAACACAUUUUUGUGAAGCACGACAAGAGAUCGAGGCCACGCUGAAGCAAUACAAAAAUUUCAGCUGCGAGGCAGACCUCUACGAGCACUAUGGUCUGCUCAACAGCAACUCCGUGCUCGCUCACUGUACGCUUCUCGGUCACGACGACUUGGCGAAAAUCAAGCAGCGAGAAUGUGGCAUAGCACACUGCCCGAUUUCAAAUGUCACCGUCGGAGGUGGGUUCAUGGCUGCGCCAGUUCGAAAAUUCUUUUCCGAGGGGAUUACAAAAGUUGGACUUGGAACCGACUCCGGUGGCGGAUUCUCAUGUAGCAUCAUGGAUGUGAUGCGCCAAGCAUUGAUUGUCGGCAAUGCACGAGAGAUGCUAUCGGAGGGGAAUGAAAGGCGGUUGGGCCUGGAAGAAGUGUUCUAUAUGGCGACCCUCGGCGGCGCGAGAGUCCUGGGAAUGCAGGACAGAGUCGGCUCGUUCGAAGUCGGCAAACAAUUCGAUGCGAUUUUGGUGGACAUGCAGGAUCCUUACUGUGGCCCGCACGACGACUUCGACGCCGUCCACACAACCACCCUCGACGAGUUCGGCGACAACACCAUCGAAGCGAGCACCAAGGUAUGGCAGAAAUGGAUCAUGUCAGGAGACGACAGAAACCUGAGAAGAGUUUGGGUUGGUGGUGAGAUGAAAAAAGACACUUACCGGGCUGGUUAUUGGUGA